AUGGCCUUUUACCAACAAACCGCGCCGGCCCAGCUGCCACAGAACCCGUACGGCAUUCCCUCCACAACCAUCGAGCCGACCGAGGGCUACCUCCGGCUGCUGCGCUCCAUGGCCCACCGCAGAGACGUCCUUGUCAAGAACGGCUUCGUCGUCAAGCCGCUCUCCGAGGCCGACAUUGACGACAAGAGACGUUGCAGCAGGUGUAACAUGCGCUGCUCCAACAAGAGGAACAAGUCCAAGCCCAAUGCCAACGACGCCAAGAAGGGAAGCUCCAACAAGCUCCCUGUCGGCUCCGGGCCCGCGUCUCGGCCCCGAUUCAACCUGGCCUCCGCCGUCCUCACACACUCUGAUGGCGAAGAGGAGCCCGAGAAGCCCCCGAAGCCGGUCCUCAAGUGCCAAUACCACACGGGCUGCGCCGUCCGCAUGUACUACACCUGCUGCCGCGCCCACAUUUCUGCUCCGGGCUGCACCUGGGCCCCGGAGCACCAAACCCGGUCCUACGACCCCGGCGACCUCAUCACCCGCUACCAGCACCACCACACCACGGCCCGUCCCCUUCUCGGCCUGUUUCCUUCCACCUCCCCCUCCUCGCCGCCGUCCCCCACGCCACGCCCCGCCGUCGCCAUCGACUGCGAGAUGGGCACCGCCUACGACGGCGAGUCGGAGCUCAUCCGCGUCACCCUCGUCGACUACUUCUCCUCCGAGAUCCUCCUCGACAGCCUCGUCUAUCCCCAGGUCGCGAUGCAGCACUACAACACCAAGUGGUCCGGCGUCUCGCGCCAGCAGAUGAACGACGCCCGCGCAAAGGGAAAGUGCAUCACUGGCGGCCUGGACGCCGUCCGCGCCGCCGUCUGGCGCUGGGUCGGCCCGGACACCGUCGUUGUCGGCCACGCCGUCCACAACGACCUCGCCUCGCUGCGCUGGAUCCACCCCCUCGUCGUCGACUCCCUGCUCCUCGCCACCGCCGCCCGCGCCGAGCGGGAGAAGCGCGAGCAGGAGGAGGAAGAGGCCCGUAAUGAGGCUGCUGCUGCCGCCGCCGCCUGCAAGGGUGGUGUUGACGAGGACCUCAUUUCCUUCGCUAGGCUUGACAUCGCCUCUCGAGAGGAUCGGGAAAAGACCUCGGCCCAGGACGUCGCCAAGGAGAAGAUCAAGGGCAAGCGUAAGCCCGGUGGUCUCUCCCUCAAGGCGCUGACGGCCGAAAUGUUCGACCGCCAGAUCCAAAAGGGCAGGACGGGCCACGACAGCCUGGAGGAUGCCUUGGCCGCCAGAGACAUCGUGCAUUGGUUUGUCAUGCAGAGGUCCGCCGAAAUGCAGUCACAGGACCAGGGGGUUCCCGUCGCCCCAGGCUUCUGGUGA